AUGUCUCCUGGGGUUCAUUGCUGGCACUCACUUACCACAAUGCUGCUUCUUUUCAUGUCCUUGUUGAGUUUUGCUGCUGGUGGGAAGCUGCUUGUGAUGCCUAUGGAUGGAAGUCAUUGGCUCAGCAUGAGAGCCGUGCUCAACGAACUAAGGCAGAGAGGACAUGAAAUAAUUGUUGUUGUACCAGAAAUAAAUCUGUUUAUGGGAGUGUCAGAGUCGUACAUGAUGAAAACGUAUCCUGUGCCUUUCACAAAGGAAGAGCUGGAUGGACAUUUUCUCACAUUUGCUGAAACCAGUUUUAAGGAACAACCUUUUCCGUUAGGGAUUAUUUCAACAUUUGAACAUGUUAAGAGCACCUCUGCUCUGUUCUUUGCCAUUUGUACACACUUACUGUACAACAGAGAGCUGAUGGGAUACAUUGAAGGGAGUAACUUUGAUGCUGUCUUUACAGAUCCCAUGUUGCCCUGUGGCCAGAUCAUAGCUUUGCAUCUUUCUAUCCCUUCUAUUUUCUUCUUACGGGGAAUCCCAGGUGGUGUCGAUGCUGAGGCUGCUCAAUGUCCAAACCCACCUUCUUAUGUCCCAAGAAUUUUUUCAUCUAACACAGAUCGUAUGACAUUUACCCAGCGUGUGAAGAACCUAUUAAUCAGCUCAUCAGAGUCCCUUCUCCGUGAUAUCGUUUAUUCACAAUUUGAAAGUCUGGCCUCUGACUUUCUGCAAAGACCGAUGACCAUGAAGGAACUUUUAAGUCAUGGAGCCAUUUGGCUGAAGAGAGUUGAUUUUGUGUUUGAGUAUCCCAUGCCUGUGAUGCCCAAUAUGGUCUUUAUUGGCGGGAUCAAUUGUGGACAGAAGAAGCCAUUGUCUCAGUGUGGGUGGUAG